CCUGGUACCGGCACUACUUCAUGUCGGAGCGCGACAUCUACUCGCUGCCCUGGAUGGACCACCCGAGCCUGGCGCACCUGUACGGCGCCGACGAGCGCGUGACCGAGGCGGGCACCGAGUACCUGCUGGUGCUGUCGCACGUGCCGCAGGGCACCGUGCACGACUUCCUCUGCCAGAACACGCUGCAGUUCCAGCAGAUGUGCCGCAUGGCCAUGACGGCCGUCAGCGGGCUGGCGCACCUGCACACGCCCAUCGAGCGCAGAGGCCUCGUCAAGCCGGCCGUGGCGCACAGGGACGUCAACAGCCGCAACAUCCUGGUGCGAGCCGACGGCUCCUGCUGCAUCUGCGACCUCGGCUUCGCCAUGAAGAUCAGCGGCGGACGGUACUUCACCAACGGCGAGGAACAGAACGCCGAAACUACCUCGCUGACAGACGUGGGCACGCUGCGGUACAUGGCGCCCGAAGUGCUGGAGGGGGCGCUGAACCUGCGCGAUUGCGAGACCUCGCUCAAGCAGGUGGACAUGUACGCCAUGGCGCUGGUGCUCUGGGAGAUGGCUACGCGCUGCGCCGACCUCUACCAGGGCCUGGACGUGCCGCAGUACCGGCUGCCGUUCGAGGCCGAGAUCGGCUCGCACCCGUCGUUCGACCAGAUGCUACUGGUGGCGCGCAAUCGCGCCCGCCCGCUCUUCCCCGACGUCUGGAAGGAGACGAACCCGGCGCUGCGCCAGCUACGCGAGACCAUCGAGGACAGCUGUCGGAACAGGACGGCGAGGCGCGCCUGA